ACAAGAAAGACAAGAGUCAAGAGCUUCAGUGAGCAGCGAGCUGGUUUUCCGUCGAGUGGGUAUCUCUCCGUAGUUCCGUGCGUGCGUGCGUGUGAAGCAACUCUGAUUAAAUUUUCAUUUCGGUAUUCGGUUCCGACUUCUUGGACUUCUCAAAAUACAUAAUAUUUGCUCGAAUUUUCCGGCUGUGCUGUGUCGAUAACAGAAGGGUUCUUUUUCUAUUUCAUAUAGGCAAUAGAGAAGUGAAAAUUUAAUUGUCCUGAACCGUAGUGCACCCAUCAUCGCUCUACUGACAAAUUAAUCCGGACAGUAAUUUGCGGCUAGAGGAUUCUAUAGUGGGAUAAAUAAAUAGAAGAGAUAAAAAUAUCCAACCAGAAGAAUAAGGGUACAAAGAGUCUGUGAGAGCUGGUUCAGUGGAAGUGGAAAGUAGUGCAGCAGCAGCAGAAGUAGCAGUAGCCUGAGGGGGUACACACAACUCAACUCACACAAAAGCGAAAGAAGACAGGCCGCUAGGGGAGCAGGACAGAAAAGGUUGGAAGUUUUUGGAGCUGUGUAGUGUAGUAGCCUGUGUCUGGUUGAUAAGUAUUGUUGUCGGAAUCGAGCGUCUUCGGAUGAGCUGUUGAAAAGUGUAUUUUGGAACAGCAGAAGGUAAUCUUCGAAUACGAAUCCGUAAAGAGAAAAAUUGACCCGCGACGACGACGACGACGAAGACGAAAAUGUCCAUCAGCUGCAAGUGCUUGAAUAUCGUAGUGAAGCUGGUGGAACCGGAAGCCGAACAUCUGGAGCGGUUCGAUCUGGAAUCGUACCUGAUCAACCAUCGGAAUCAACAGGAACCAGCGACGGCGGCCACCACAGCAGCAAAAGCGACGACACCCAGCGACGACCAUUUUCUAUUUUUCAAAGAGGCCCUUGGCCCCGUCCGGUGCUUCAAUGUCCAGGUCCAGUUCGACGGGCUACUGCGGAAGGAACGCAUCUUCGACGAAUGGGACCUGAGCCAGUGCCGGUACUGUGAAAGUUUCGUCUUUGCCCGGCACAUGGCUGAUGAUGCGAACACCGAUGCCAAUGCCUCCGCCAUGAUCACCUGUUUGAUCAAUUCGUCACUGAUGACGAACGAGGAACAACUGAGUGCCCGCAUGGCCGGAGGCAACUACUCCCCCGCGUUCGGUAUCGUCCUGAACGGAUCCAGCCUAAGCUACAGCGACUUGAUCGAGAAGCGCAAGCUGCUCAGCAAAGCAAAAAGUGAUAACCAGUUUAUGCAACGGCUUCGUGCCUACAUGGAGCGGGAAACGGAGGCCGCCAACGAGCGCAUUCAGCGUUUCACCGAGCAGGAAUUCGCCGUCCUCAAGGUAAAACGGGAACGUGGCGAACAGGACUGCAUGAUCCUGGCCAAGCUAGCAGCAGCAAACAACCAAGUACCUGAUGAACUACUGCUGGUACGCAGCAACAGCACCAGCAGCAGUAGCAACAACGGUGGGCAGCAAACUGUUGCGAUGACGACGGCCGGACCGGUUUCCAACAGCAAUGGAACCAAUCUGAACGACUCGAGCGCCAACAGUCAGCUGGAGACACCCCCGCCUACACCUGAAUAUCUGCCAAUGUCCACCGGUAAUAGUCCACCGAUGACAACUGCGAAUGGCCCUACGACCAACAACCGGCAGCAACCCAUUACUCCAUCAUCUUCCUCCUCAAUGGUCGAGCAGUCUCCGUUUUCGUCGUCUGCCAACGCAAGACUGAACGGCCGAAUCCUAAACAGAGCAAACCUUAGUUACAACAACGCCAAUAACCACAUCAACAACAACAACAAUAACAAUAUCGUUAGUUAUAACAAUUCCCGAGGUGCCAUCAAUAGACAACAACCGCAGCAGCCAACAACGACAAUGAUGCAACAUUCCAGUACAAAUUCGUUGACGAUGCAGCAGCAGCAGCAGCAGCAUCGGGUAGCCUCUUACGAGACGGACUGCUUGUUCGACAUCGACGGCAUGGAGAACGAUCACUCUCCGCUCUCGAAUACGCUGUCGGACGAGGAGGAACUUGAAUUCGAUGAAUCCACCCGCAAUAACAACGAGGACGGUAUGUGCAUACCAUCAAGCCAGAAAGGUCGUCAGAACAGUUCGAUCGCUAAAAGUCUUCCAAUCACGAUACCGCAGCUGAUGACGCAGUUCCGAAUGAACGAGGAGGAUUUCGAAGAGCAGACCGAGGACAAUGUGGACAUUGCCGCCAGCAUCAAGGCCCUGGCGAGGAGCGUCCACGGCGAUACGAUGUUUGGUGAUCUGCCGCGACCGCAGAUCCAACGAUUCAGCACCCAGAUCUAAUCUACUGUAAGUUGGAGGUAGAGUAGUAGCACGUCCUGCAUGCCAUAAGCCGGCAUGUAGUAGAACCCCCUCAAGUCGAAAAAAAAAAACAAAUGCAGAAGAAGAAAUGGGAAGAAAGUCAGACGUCGAUAUCUAGGGAUAAGUGAAGCAUGUUGUCGAUUUUCUAUUUCGUGUUUUCUAUUUUUAUUAAGGAUUUAUUAUUACUACAUCCAUUACGCGCGCGCAGCCUUUUCUGACCGUUUCUAGGCUGGUUACAUGUUUUUUUUUUUUUAAUGGAGAUAGUUUUUUUUAAUCAUCUUUGUAGUUUUGUAAGUCAUACUCAAUACCAACAACAGCAGUUUUUUUUUUUGGUUUGGAUGCAAUGGUCAAUCGAGUUGAUUGAUUGUAGCUCGGAUUCGGUGCAGUUUGAUGUUCAUCUGCUGAUGAAAUUGUUAGUCUCACUAGCCUGACUCCGAUGAUUUGUAUGCAACAUUUUAACGAACUGUAAGCUAGAGUUGGAGAACGAACUUCCCAUGGGAGUAGAUUUUGUUUUGUUUUGUACGUUUAUUUCUUGGCCUCAGAAGUCGAGCUUUUCUACAUCUUGUUUCGUGUUUAGCGUUCCGAAAACCUACCUACCUAAAGUUAUACUUUUUGAACGAAUGAUAUUGAUGUUCUGUCGAGUUUAUUGUUUUUUUUUUGUCUUGAUUUUGAAGUACAUAAUCAUCCGUAUUAUUGUUUUCGUACAAUUUUUUUAUUUAGUAUGAAAAAACAGUUUGAACGAAAACGAGAAUACGGGUGAAUGUUAUUUUUUGAAGAUUAUACACUACAAGAGUCAAGUAGGGGAAGAUAGGAAGUCGAGUACUGAAAUGUUGCAAUCAGUUUUGAUCGGAUAAAAGAUCUGUUCUGGUAAUUAGAUAUUGUGGCUUUCGAAAAGAGGAAUAAAUCGCUAAAAUAGAAAAGCGCUAGAGAUUUUAUAUCUAACCAAUAGGCUGAACAUGCAGUAGGAAGAGGUAGAUACGCUAUAGUGUCUAUUGUGGAUAGUUAGUAGGGUCGAGUCGAGAGCUUCGUUUGAUGAUAAGAAAAUACACCAUGAAAAGAUAGAUUUCCCCACACUCAUUCAAUCCGUUCUAGUUGAACAACAGUCCGAGCUAUAUUUUUCAUAUAUGUAUACUUAUUAAAUUGCAAGCGUAGGCGCCUCUAUUUUUCCUAUGGCUUUGUUGAACCGUGGUAGAACGACCUCUUUUGUGAUUAGCAAGACGACCCCGGUUGGUUAACGUGAAAUAAUGUGAGAGGAAAAGCAGUACACAUGGCAAGUACCAGGAAGGUUCACACCAGUCCCUUUUCACGCAAGUGUGCUUUUUUCAAAGUCUGUUGUAUCGAAUCGAUUUAAUGUUUGUUAAACCACACGAUCCGGCGCUGAUGAAAACCAAAAGGCGCCCAAAAGAACCAACAUAUUUUCACGAUUCAUUUCUUAGUAGUUUUAAGAAAGAGAAAAAACAAUUAUCGAUAUCGCCACCCCCUCUAUUACCUUAACUACCUCCUAAUAAGUAUUGUAAAACGCAAAAUACAAGCCCACAAGGAUCACAAUGACCCAGUUGAAGAGAAAAGCAUUUGCUAGUAGUAGUUGUUGCUUCUUCCCGCCCUGUACGGGUUAAGUUCAUUUUCUAAAUGUUCCCUGUUAUAUCCAUCUGCCUGCAUAUUAAAGUCCUCCAAUGAUUGUAAAGCGCAGCAAUACAAAUUUAUUCGCUCAUUCAGCAAUCAUAAACAAUCGCAUGUACACCCAUAUACUUUCUAUAGGUACACCUGCCUUCCCAUUUAACGACAUACAACAACCACUACGAAUAUCAAAAGCAAACAUAGAAUACAUAAAAGGAGGAGCCUGAAAGAGGAUGAACGAUCUACAAAUUAAUAAUUAAAACCUAAUAAUAAUUAUACCUACCUAAAUAACCAUAUUGCUGUAGCUGUGUUGUGCGAUUUUCCAAAAAAAAAACCCCCUUCAAAAAUGUCGAAAAGAGUGUCUUUUUUGGAUGCAAAAACCAGAAC